AUGCUGCUGAAGCUGAUUUUUCUGCCCGUAGUAAUCGGGGAAUCAUUUUGGAUGACUGCCGAAUUGUUACGAGUUGAUUGGCGUGAAGGUUGCUUGACUACCGCCGGCUGUUCUCAACCACGAUUCAAGAUUCUCGAAGACAUGCUACCGUUGACGGAGAAGCUCUCUAUCAGUUGGCCAGUAUCCGAGCAUUUCGUCCAGGAUUCAUCACGACCCUUCGUCUCUCAUUGGUCUGCCGGUAAACCCGAAGACGUGACGUUGUCAUGCCAAGUGGUCGGCACUGAUCCUACCUAUGGAUUUCCGAGAAUUUGCGACCAAACCCCAUCGAUUCGUGUAUUCCAGGAGCGGGUCACCGAAGCAUUUGGUCGCAAUCGUCGUCAUCAGACCACCACCGGUCCACUUUCUGAAGAAGAACUUGGGAAAAAACUGAUAGAGAUUCGCGGCAAAUGCUUCAAUGCAACAGUAGCCAUACAGAAACAUAUCGAAAGAUGUCCAUGGUGCCCUGACCCCUCCGAUGUGACGCUCAUUGAGCAAAGGAUUCCUGACGAUAUCUCUUCCACAUUCUCAGCGUCGAUCCUUUCACAGUGGAAAGGAGACGAUCAUAUUCUGCACAUCUCUGUACUAGUUCUGGCAGCAAUUACUAUUCUUGCUUCCAUCGGAUUCGCAAGUAUGCUGGUGGCGUUCCUGAAGCAUAAACGAACCCAUCGCCAAAUUUCGGUGAACCCGCGCUAUCAUCCGUAUUCAUCGUCUAAAUGUAAAGUGAGCGACGAUGAAAAUCGUUAUGACAUGCCAUGGGAACAAACUCGUCCGCUUACCUACUGGCUGUCAUCGUCGAAAUCUGAAGCGACGACGACAUCACCACUCGAUUCGGCAUCGUCGCUGGGCGCGACGUCGUCAAUCGUCGCUCCGUACAACUUCCGAGCAACAUGCACAAUACCUCAGACGCAUCUCUACCAUCACAUCUCGCCGAACUCUUCUGUCGGACCUGGUCAUGACUCUGGACUAGAAUCUGUCUAG